CUUCAGGCUGCUCGUAGGUUCCUCGGCUCUCCAAACAUGUCAAGCUCGUGUUUGCCGCCUGGAACUUGCCUUUCCCCUGUGCACCUGCGUCUGUCCGCGGACUUCGUGGCGCCUGUGCAUCGCCACCUGCACCCGCCAGGUACAACGACGGAAGCAGUGGUGACAAGAAAGCAGGACGUGUGCGAAUCGUGACAUUUUUGUGCCGGCCGUAGUGAUAGACGUCUUGUUGCGCGCGCCGCUCUCCAUAGCGCUCGUCGGUGCCCUCCAGAGCCCGGCGUAAUAUGACUAUUUUGCUCACGGCUGACAGUCAAAUCUGCCAGCAAUUCCUUGUACUAGCUUGCCA